UGAUGAAUGUCUCCGAAGUCGAUGUUUUUUAACUCUUGAGGCUGUGCCUUCCGCCACGUGACCCGAAAAUACCUCUGUCAUCCUUACUGGGCAGCGACGGCAGGAGUGUCCAACGUACCGUAUUGGUGAACUAACGCGAGAUCGUCCAGGAUACAAGGGAUCGUGGUCCACCAAGUUAUUCGGCUCCGUCUACGACCGCGAACUUCAUCCUAGAGCGCCCGUGGGCUGGUUAUUUGCUAUGUCCAAAAAUCGACGCACUGCUUCCAGUCAACUCAGGCUCUCUCAUAUCCACAACGCCGCGACUACAAUGCCAGACAUCGCCGAGUUGUCUACUAUACCGGAGCCUUCCAUGGUCUCAACUUCCGCUCAUUCCAUUUUGCCUACGUUCGUAGCACCAUCUAGCCAAGCCCAAACUCCACUCCGACCGUCCUCACCACCCGCAUCAAGCUACUUUCCGACCGUCUCAGCCUCACAAAAUGGCGAACCGCAACCUGCGCCAGGUGCCUCAACACAUUUUGCAUACAGCACGACUCUCCGGAGACAUCAUCACGAACACAACCUCAGUAUACCAUUGCCCCCAAAAUUACCCCCCGGAGUCACAGCGGACGGACUAUGGCAAAGAAUUGUCAAGUUCGUGACCGGUCGACGUUCGUACGACGAUAAUCUGGAAGAGACUCACGUCCUCAUCGACCGAGAUCCGCAAGCCCUUCAGCGGGAGCGACGCAGGGAAACGCCUUCCGCGCGUUUUGCCCACUGGUCCGUAGAGAAAAUCCAUGUUACGUUAUUGCAACCGUUCUUGGAAUAUUCCUUAUUUGGAAAUUUCCUGACCAUGCUUGAACAGGAUACGGUUGCGCACUUCCGCUCAUCGAUCCAUGCUGGCCUCUCGGCAUCUUCCAUCUUGGCCUUGCAAGAAGUGCAUGGAUACAACGAAUUCUCCGUUUCGACACCUGAGCCCGCUAUCUUGAAGUUUGCAAAAAAUGUGUACGAGAGUCCACUCAUUCUGCUCCUUUGUGCCAGUGCCAUGAUCAGCGCAUUCAUGGGGAAUAUCGACGAUGCUAUCAGUAUUACCGUUGCUGUGGCAAUCGUCUUGACUGUUGGGUUUGUGCAGGAACAACGGUCCGAGAAAAGUUUGGAAGCAUUGAACAAGCUCGUUCCCCAUCACUGUCAUGUCAUUCGUGAUGAGCGAGAGGUGCACAUUCUAGCGAACGACCUGGUACCCGGUGACAUCGUUAAGCUCGCCACUGGAGAUCGCGUGCCCGCCGAUAUCCGCAUCAUGUCUGCUGUUGACCUUGAGAUAGACGAAAGUAGUUUGACGGGCGAAACUACUCCUCGUCUCAAGAGCUCUUACCCUUGUGAUUGGAAGAAUACCGACUCUUUCGGAGAUAGUGCGGAGGAUGUCGGCAAUGGGGCGGACAAACGGGAAUCUGUAUCCCUUGCUGAGAGAUCCUGCAUUGCCUACAUGGGAACACUAGUGCGGAAUGGGCGAGGUAGGGGCAUUGUUAUUGCCACCGGCACCGAGACGGAGUUUGGUGUGAUCUUUUCCAUGAUGCAAGAUGUGGAAGAAAAGCGUACUCCACUCCAACUCAACAUGGAUGAAUUAGCUAAGAAGCUCUCGAUGUUGUCUUUUGGUAUCAUUGGUGUCAUAUGCUUAAUUGGUGUAUGGCAGCAUCGACCGUGGUUAGAUAUGUUUACCAUCGGAGUGUCUCUGGCUGUGGCCGCUAUACCUGAAGGGCUGCCCAUCGUUACGACGGUUACGCUUGCACUUGGAGUGCUACGGAUGGCAAAGCGUAAGGCCAUCGUGAAAAGGCUUCAUUCUGUCGAGGCACUUGGUUCCGUUUCUGUCAUAUGUUCUGAUAAGACAGGUACAUUAACAAAGAACGAACAAACGGUGACGGAAAUCUACGUCGUAGACGACCAUGUCCAUGUUGAUAGCGUGGUGCCUUCCCUGCAACCUUCACCUGCCGUCCGGAAAACCCUGGAGAUAGGUUCAAUAUGCAAUAAUGCGUCUCUCUCCAGGGAUGAACACGGUGUUUAUGUUGGUCAAUCUACAGAUGUAGCUUUGUUGAAUGUCUUGUCGACAUUUAAUCUCCAUGACCAACGACAUACAUUUACUCGCCACUCUGAACGACCCUUCAACUCUGAGCAUAAAUACAUGGCUGUCAGCGGAGUGCACACCCAGAGUGCCUAUCAUGGCGUGCAUUUGCGGGAGCGGGAGACCUACUAUAUGAAGGGCUCCAUCGAUGCCGUGCUGGACAGGUGUAGAUUUUAUUAUGUCUCAGAAGGCUCCACACCUCCCCUGGACGCUAACACGCGUAACAUCAUUCUCAUGAGAGCUCAGAGUACUGCUUCAAGAGGCUUGCGAGUGCUCGCCAUGGCAUACGGCUAUGGAUCCAUGGACUCCACGAAGGGAGAUGCAGGAUCGUCUUUGCACAAUUCGCGAGCUCCCUCGAGCUUGCCAACUACACGCCCGCCCUCGCCAGAUGGAGAAAAGGCAAACCUGAUAUUCGUCGGUUUCCAGGCGAUGUUAGACCCACCAAGGAAAGGUGUUAAAGAUGCAAUCGGUCUGCUCCAGUCGGGUGGGGUUCAGGUGGUCAUGAUUACCGGCGAUGCAAAAGAGACUGCACUUGCCAUUGCACAGGACCUGGGUCUUCGGGUGGGUUUGGCCCACGGGCAAUUAGAUCGCUACUGUUUAACGGGGAAGGAUAUCGAUAUGAUGAGCAAGUCCCAGCUUGUUGAACGUGUCGGCAGCAUCAGCGUAUUUGCCCGCACGACACCGCGUCACAAAAUGGCUAUCGUCGAGGCUUUCCAGAGUCGGGGUGCUGUUGUCGCGAUGACUGGGGAUGGCGUUAACGAUGCCCCGGCGUUAAAGAUGGCUGAUAUUGGCGUGUCGAUGGGAAAGAGUGGCACUGAUGUAGCCAAGGAAGCUGCGGACAUGAUCCUCGUAGACGAUAAUUUCAGCACCAUUUUGCCUGCAGUAGAAGAAGGAAAAUCUAUAUUUCAUAACAUCCAGAACUUCUUAUCUUUUCAACUUAGUACCGCUGCUGCCGCACUGUCACUAAUAACCCUUAGUAUGGUUUUUGGAUACAGCAACCCGCUCAACGCUAUGCAAAUAUUAUUUAUCAACAUUCUUAUGGACGGUCCCCCAAGUCAAUCGUUGGGUGUUGAUCCAGUGGAUCCAGCUGUCAUGCGAAAACUCCCAAGAAAGAAGAACGAGCCCAUCCUAACCCGGCGCUUGCUAUACCGCGUCAUCUUCUCUGCGAGCACGAUUGUCAUGGGCACCCUGUUUGUCUACUUCAAAGCGUUAGGCGACGAGCAGGUCUCGAGGAGGGAACAAACCAUGACUUUUACGUGUUUCGUCUUCCUCGACCUAGUCUCAGCGAUACAGAACCGAGGGCUUGGUUGCGGGUUAUUCCAAAACCGUAUGCUCUUGUCGACUGUGUCCGUCUCGUUACUUGUGCAGCUGGCGCUGGUGUACGUUCCGUUCAUGCAGGCCAUUUUCCAAACGGAAGCACUUGGUCGAGGAGACAUGACAACACUCCUGUUGUUGGCUGCCAGCGCCUUCGUCUUGCACGAGGGUAGAAGGCGAUACGAGCGUUCGUCUGACGCAGACACUAUUUACAACAAUCUUAUGGAGAAUAUAGCAUGAUACUUAUAGAACUUCACUUCAUAGGGUUUGCCUAGCACAACCGGAGAUGUGUAGACUUGAGCAUACUACUAUAGAGACAUCAUUUGUCAUCUAUCACGCAUCGUCGGCUGAGCAACAUAACCACCUGUCUCCAACUUGCACGCUAUGGUUGCCAGUACAGGACGCCACUUUUGCUACAGUGAAUCUUA